AUGCCCGUUCAGUCGCCGUUAUCAUAUAGCGGGUCACCCAUCUCGAUCCGCGACACGCCUUUGCUAUCGUCGGUGAUAUCGAAUGACCCCCUGGCAAUUGUCGAUUUCAUCCAGCGUCAAGAACGAAGAAACUAUCGUGUGGGGAUCACGUUGUUGGUGGUAUCGGUCGUGACGUGGGUCACGGGGCUCGAGUUGGUGAAUGGUGUUCUCAAGACUAGCGACUACCGCAAACCGGUGCUAUUUGCCAUCAUCACCGGCUCGUGUUUCUUGGUCAAUUUCCUCCCUGAUCUAUUGCUCAUACCACAACUAUUCAAGCGGAAAAAGCAAGCGCAUGAAACGGGCGAGAUCGAGCCCUUGUUGACUAAACGCGAGGAGAAGGAAGCCCAGAAUGAAGAAGAGAUGACUGGUGCGCAAGUUGCCACACUAGCGUUUUACAUUGCUGUGAUUUAUUUCACCUACAAUUUGCUCGUGAUGGAGGCGUUGCAGUACACAUCUGCCAGCAACCAGACGGUGAUUGGCUCCACGACGGCGGUGUUCACGCUCUUGAUGGGAUGUGCGUUAAACACGGAAAGAUUCAGUCUCAAGAAGGCCAUCUGCGUGUGUUUUAGCUGUCUUGGCGUGUUUUUAGUCAACACCACCGCUAGGAAAUCCGACGGCGAGGGCAAGUUUGAGCCCAAGGACCCCAAGUUGGGCAACACGCUCGCUUUAGCUGGUGCGUUCCUCUAUGCGUGCUAUUUGCUCGUGAUGCGCAUCAAGUGCGGGGGCUCGAGCGGGAAAACCACCAACGAGAGACGCUUGUUUGGCUACGUGGGCGUGAUUACAAUUCUAAUGGGGAUCCCCAUCUUGAUCGCGGCGGAUUUCUUUGGCGUCGAGACGUUUGAGUUGCCUCCUCCGCUGGAAAGAUCAACCAUCUUCACUAGCGUGUUCAUAAACGGGGUGUUUUCCGUCAUAUCGGAUUUCACCUCCAUCUUGGCGAUGCUCUUGACGAGCCCGCUCGUGGUCUCGCUCACUUUGACCUCGUCGAUCCCCAUCACCAUCUUUGUCGAUUACAUGAUCUUGAUCUGGACGGGCGAGCCCAUCCACUCCACCAGCUUUGUGUAUGUCUUGGGCAUUCUAUGCAUUCUUGUUGCUGUCUUGAUGGUGAAUUUGAAUUCAUCAGCUACGGAUGAGAUGAUUGACGAUGUGAUUGAAGAUGCCUUGGGCAACGCCAUCACGCACGAUCAGGUGUUGUCGCCCAUAUUGUCGCCGUUAUUGGAGAGACCCUCGCUUUCGAUGAAGCCUUUCCUUGUCAAGUCCCCACUUUGGCAGCAGCAGCAACAGGAGGCGACGACGACGACACUGCUGCUGCUGCUGCUGAAGAUGCUGGUGUUGCACCUGCCUCCUGCGACCAGAGUUGAUAUCCCCAGGAUACCAAUGUUCAAUUUGAACGAAAACGAUGAAAGCCCACCCACACAUAACCGGAACCACCAUCCUAAACUAUACGAAUCGCCAAGCAGCUACCAGAGCAACCCACAAUUGCCAUCGUUUGUCGUUACUUCUGGUAACAACCACCGCUAUCGAAUCGAAUUAAAAGACGAAAACGACGAUACACUUAUAGACGUUUGA